AUGAAUGAUUCUAUUAAUAAUUCACAUCGAAAUGAAACUACACUAAAUUAUAACAAUGAAUAUUCUAUUGAUUGUACAGAGUUCAAUAAUCAAUCAAAAUACGACAUAAUUAACAAUAACAAUUCACUAAGUGGACGUACAAAUUUUACAACUAGACAAUUAACUGAAUUAGAAAAAGAAUUUCAUUUUAAUCGUUAUCUAUCACGUGCAAGACGUAUUGAAAUUGCAGCUGAUUUAAGUUUAACAGAAACUCAAGUGAAAAUUUGGUUUCAAAAUCGUCGAAUGAAACAAAAGAAACGUAUAAGAGAUAAAAUUUUAGGUAGUACUUAUCAUGAAAUAGAUGAGAUUACAACAUCAAUAACAACUAGUCCUCCGUUAUGUAUCUCUAACAAUUUAAAUCAAUCUUGGAAUUUAAUCAGUUCACAAGCAUUUAAUAAUCAAUUAUCUAUGGAAGAAAACAAACAAUUAAGUCAUAUCAGUGAUAAUAUCAUUACUCCUGUUAAUAAUGAUAAUAAUAACCAGAAUAUUUAUUACCAUAACAAACAUUUUAUGGAUUAUAACAUUCAAGAUUUACGUAAUCAUUUAAUAUUUUAUCCCUCUACAGCUUAUACUACUACUACUACUGUUGCUUCCAAUAGGAUCACUACUACUAUUACUACCAAUAAUAAUACUACUAACAAUAGAAGUAAUUCCAUGAACAUCUAA